GUGGUAUUGUGUUGAUAUUACAAAAACUUUCGCAUUUUUUCGCGGCAGUUCACAAUCGUUGUCAUCGUGCAUACAAAGCUGUUAUGUGGUAGUGGGUGUUGCUAGAAAUUGUGUGGUUUAUUAACAUUCCUAAAGGAUUUAUUUUGAACAUUUAAAAUAUUUUUUUUAAGUCUAAUAAGUGUGUGUACAAUUCAUCACUGUACAACAAAUGGCUGGAAACAACUGUCGAAAAGAGAGACAAUGGGAUUACAAAAUGCAGUGUUUCACAGAGCAAAGUAAAGCAGAUACUAGAGAGAGAGCUAUCAAAUACAUGGACGACAAAGCAGAAAGUAAAAGAUUCAUGCUCAGGUUACAUGAAGAAAGACAUGAAGCUGAAAUGGAAGACAGAAUCGUGAAGGCAAAGGAGGCCGAAAUUGUGCGUAGAUGUGAACUUGAACAAGAAGAGAGGCUUGCUCAACAAAUUGAUUUUAUGAAACGGCAAGAACUGAGAGAAAUAAAACUCAGACAGCGAUUGCGUGAAAACUGUGUAGAAUUGCGAGAAUUGGAAAGAAAGCUCAAAGCUGCAUAUGGGACUAAGGAAUUGCUAGCUCAAUGCGCAGAAAAAAAAGCUGCAGAAGCUUUGGAAAAGAAAUAUGAGAAAGAAGCCUAUGAUGUACUGAAAGAUUCAUGGGCAAAAGAAGACGAAAAGAUACGAAAGAUGCAGAAAGAAGAUUUGAUUAAAAGAUUUCAGUUUCGACAAGAACUUCAGGAUCAACUUAUUGAAGCUGAAAAGAAACGCCAAAAGGCAUAUUAUGAUUUUCUUCAGGAGAAGCAUCUUAUUGAUGAAAUUACUGCUAAAAUUCUGGAGGAGGAUUGCAAACGAGAAGAGGAGAAGUUCUUGAGUCAGGCUCGUGCCAGAGAAGAAAUUGCAAUGUUUAUGAAGCAAAGAGAGGCAGAAAAAAGAAAAAGAAAAACUGAAAUGGAAGAAGAAGACAAGACAUCAUUGCUGUAUGUGUAUGGUAAAUUGGAAAUGGGCUUUGCUGUAUGUGCACCGCAAAGCAACACUUUCCAGUCAAACAGAGAUGGUGAAGUGUUAAAGAGAUAUAUAAGAUAUCUGGAGCAGAGAGCUAUACAUGACGAAGAAGUGAGACGACUAAUGGAAGAAAAGAAAGCCAAGAGGGAGGAUUUACGAUACAAACUUGGAUUACAGCUUUAUGAACAAGAGAUGCGCAAAUUGGAACAUACUGAAAUGUGGCUGGAAUUACGAGAGGCUCAAGCCCGAUCAGCAAGCGAAGCUCAGCAACGUUCAGAACUGGAGAAUGAGCUGCGUCGUCGUUUGGAACUUCGUGAAAUGUCUAUGCUCCAGAAAGGAGAUAAAGAGCAGAAACGCAGGGAAGAGGAAGAAGAUGAUCGUAGAUGGAGAGACGAAAUGCUUGCCAAGUUUGCUGAAGAUGAUCGAUUGGAGCAACUCACUAACCAGAAGCGUUGGCAAAUGCAAAGAGAGUAUGCCCAAGCUAUCCAGAAACUCAUGGAAGACCGUCGUGCUGCCCGAGCAGAAGAGAAACAACUUUUGCUGAAGGAGCGAGAACAGGAAGAAUGCCUGGAAGCACAGAGGAGAAAGAUGAUAGAAGAGGAACGGCAGCGAAUGUUGAGAGAGCACGCUGUGGCUCUAUUAGGACACUUGCCUCGUGGAGUCCUUCGAGAAGAGGAUCUACCAUUGCUUGGAUGUGACCUUGCCAACAAAAUGCAUCAAAUGAAAGUAUCUGAAGGAGGUCCUUCAGGUGAUAACUAUUGUAUAUAUGAAAACUAAGUGGAAAAAAACAUAAUUCAAUCCCAGGUUAUUCAUUCUGUCCAAAAAGCCAAAUAUUUUCAUCUGAACAUUUGUAUAGAGUUUUUACAAGAUUACUUGGAAUAUGCGAUAUGGAAAUUUAUAGUAUGUUUGAUAAUGGUCUUUACAUUUUAUAAACUUUUUAUAUGACUUUUGUAAAAAUGUUUUAUCAAUGCACACUUCCAUCAUUGGCUACAAUUACUGGCAGAGAAAAUGGCUUCAACAGUUUUAAGAAGAAAAUUGAACAUUGAAAAUAAUUUAUGGAAUCAAUUGAUUUCAGCUUCAUGUAUAUAAAUCAUAGUUUCUUAAAGCCUUAUCAAGAAACAUUGUGCUUAAAAAAUGAACAAAGAAUUUCUGAAGUCACUGUGUGCUAAAUACUCAAUUUCUAGUCAUGUAAGAGAAGUUCUUAAGAUUGAAGCAGACAUUCCUAGGAUAAUUGUUAGAAGCUGUGUAGAUUUCAUAAGACAAUUUGAUACAUAUUUUUUUCAUUUUUGUAUCAAAGUCACACUGAAUAUAAGAUUGUUAUCAGAUUUUUUUGGUACCUGUAACUUUUUGACACAUUUGUUUCCAUUUCCUUUUAGCAUUGUGUAUUGUCAGCUUUAUUAUUUAUUGUUUUGCCUUAAGAAUUACUUAAGAAGAGACUACUGAAUAGGGUCCUUCAUGAGAUGAUUUUGCAGAAGCACCAUGUCUGUUAAUAGAAUAACUGCUAGAUAUCAAGCCAAUUGGGAAAGACAGGCUCAGAAUUUAUAGUAAUAAAAAAUGCGACGUGCAUGUAUGUAUAAUAGUACAUCUAUAUAUGUACUUAUUUUUUUCAAAUAUUUAUUUAUUUAUGUAAUUAGUGAUACAGGCAAAGUGGUAAUACACAUUCACUGAUGAAAAGCUGACGGCAUGAAUAUAAUAUUAUGUAAUUAAUAUUUAAAAACUUAACUAUUAAGUAAACAAAAAAAAAAACAUGAAAUAUCGUAAAGUAUGAAGGACAAUAACAUUAAAUGCAUACAUCUAUUUGCAAAGUGAUCAUAGAUGUUUUCGGAUUCAUUAAUCAAAGAUGGUGUCAUGGUAGGCUAUUCCACAGAUCUACAAUACUAUUGCUCAAGAAGUUUUUCUGUUGAACCUAUUUGUCUUCAUUUUAGAAGUUUCAUAGAAUGUCCUCUGAGAUCUAGGUUGGUAGAGUAUAAGAAUAUAUCUUGCAUGUCAAUGUUGUAAUAUCCAUGAACAAUUUUGAAGAUGUUGGCAUACACUCUUCUUUCACAUAGUAAUGCUAAUCUCAACCUGCCUUGUCUUGUUCAUAUGGGAGAUGUUUUGGGUCAAUAGGUAUACACAUUGCUUUUCUUUGGGUAUUUUCAAAUUAAUAUAAUAACUACCAACCUGCAAAAAAACACAGUCCCUUCAGUUCAGUUCAGUCAAGACUGCUAGCAUAUUUUCACCAAGGUAAUAAGGAAGUUUUGGAUUAUUCUUGCCUGUAUGCAUAACAGUGCAAUUUGACUCAUUCAAUAGUAUUAUCCAUGUCAUGGACCAUCUUUGCGCAGCAUCUAGGUCACCUUAUAAUUGGUCAUGGUUUGUUAACAGCCUCAUAGCUUGUAAAACAAGUACUAAUAUGAGCAUUAGUGAACAUCAUCUUUUAGUAUUCAGUUAAGAAAGGAUCAUUUAGAAUUUGUGGCAUAUCCUCUUGUUUCCUUCCUCAUCGUUACAGAUUUCAUUACAUAAAUCAUCAUUACUUUCUUGGAAUUCUUGAAGUAUAUUAUUUCUUCUCUGAUAAUGCUCUGCUAUUUCUUUGGACACCUUGUGUAUGAUCUGUGAGAUUUUUGAUCUUCUAAUUAGAUUUUAAUGGCCUUAAGCUUUCUGUAAACCCUUCUUAUUUUCUAAAGUAUCACACCUACCUUUAAUUAUACCACCUUCAUUCUUGAAAACUGCAAGAAAAAGUUUUCUCAGACAAAACACUUUAGCACCUUAACUCAAUCACACCAUCAUUAUUCAUCACUUUAAAUAUGUAAUAAAAAAAGCAAAGAAAAUUUAAAAUAAAUAUCAUU